CAGCUGUUCUAUCGCUUUCCUAUUUGCCAGCCCUAGUCGCUUUCGUUUUUCGUGCCGAGAUUUUGUAAUACAAAACACCGUAAGAAAUGGUUAUUGGAGUAUUUCCAGCCGCCAAACUUGGCGUGUUGGCAGUUAAACAAAUUAGCAAACCCAUUGCGAAUGUGUUAAAGUCCAAUGCAAAAUCAAGUCCAUUUUUUAGGAAAUACAUAUGCAUGCCGCCGGCUCAGUUUUACAAUUGGGUGGAGGUGAAGACCAAGAUGUGGGCGCUGAAUCUUGGCCGGCCUGUCACUGUCCCACCAUUGACCGAAGCCAUGGCCAUUGAGCUGGGGGCUAAUCUGCUUGGAGAGUUUAUUAUCUUUGCCAUUGGCGCCGGUUUGCUGAUAUUUGAGUAUUCGCGCCAAACCAUCAAGGAGAACAAAAAAAAUGAGGCUUUUCAAAUGGAAAAGAUGCAGCUGACCAAUACGCUGACUGAAAUCAACUUCCGACUGGAACGUCAGGAUGCGCAAAUACGAGAAAUGACGCGCGUUCUAGCGGAAUUGGAUUCACGUAAUAUCUUCCGAUGGCAUAAGGAGCCGCUGCUGGAGUACGUGCCCUUUGACCCCAAUACUCCAGAUCAGAGCGCCAGCGCAAGAAAUCCUAAAACAUACGAGGGUUUCUAUGAUCCCACCGGCGGCAUGGCAUUCCGUGCGCUUAACUUUCUACAAACACAAAUCUUUAUCGAUGGACGCGGUCGAAAGGGCAAGGAGGCUCUCCAGCAUAUAGAUGAGGUGGCCGGCGAGCUGGAAAAAUCACUUGAAGAGGCUGUGAGCAAUGCCGAGGUGCCAGUAAAACUAGUGCAAUGACGAAUUCUUGAAGUGGAGCAGGACUUGGCACUGCUCAUGUAUGCCAUGUCAAUGGGAGAGCAAUAGUUCGCUGCAUAAUGCUGCACCAAAUGGAUAACUGAUCACUGCUUGAUUUGAACAAAAUGAGAAUUAACUUUACGUAUAUAUAUAGAUAGGCAAAAAGUCAAGUGUAUAUAACAUAUGUACAUUGUAAUUGUAUUUAUUAAUUUUUAUUGUUACCGAAGAGAACUACUAAAGAGAGAUGUUUAAAAAUGA